AUGGGUGACAAAGUAGGUGAUGGUGACAGUUCAUCUCAGAAAUUUGUUGUGGGUGGAAAAAAUGUGGUGUUGAAAGUGGGUAGGGAUGAAAAUUUUGUGAUGCCUUCGAUGGUAAAUCCGUGCCUGAAAUACAGCAUUUUUACGCUUUGCUAUCUCCUUCUUCUGUUUUCUAUCGGAUUGCUGGCUCUCGGUAUUUGGGCCCAAACAGAUAAAUUUGGAAUAUUGUUCAGUUUAAAGAAGUUUGAUCCCAAGAACGCUGCUCUCUUUUUAGACCCAACUAUUCUUAUGUUUCUUACCAGUGUCAUUAUCAUAAUAAUCAGCUUCUGCGGAACUGUUGGAAGCUUACGGGAUAACUGCUUCUACCUGAUGCUUUAUACAUGCAUGUUGGGCUUCAUGAUAAUAACUUAUCUUAUGCUAAUUAUAAUGGCUGUAUUCAUUGGUCGUGCAUUACUGAAUGUAGUAGAGACGACGAUCGAGGACACCAUUAUACUGUAUCGUGAUGAACCAGAUCUGCAGCUGUUGGUCGAUUGGAUACAAAUUAAUGCUAAAUGUUGUGGUGCUUUCUCACCUCAUGACUGGAAUAAUAACAUCUAUUUCAGUGAUGCAAGCAUAUUGAGAACAUACGGAUCAUUAGAGGCUGGUGGUGUACCAUUUUCUUGUUGUAAAGAAACGAAGUCAACAAUGGCUUCACUUUCAAAUAUGUACUGUGGUUUGAAUGCCCGUAAGUCAUCACCGCUUGCAUUACAUGAUAAAAGUGUGUUUUUACGAGAAGAUAUCCAUCAGGAAGGCUGUAUUGAAAUGAUCAAAAAAUUCUUGAUCGAUAAUAUGCUAUACAUUGCUCCAGCAUUCUUCAUCUUCUUUGUAAUUCAUCUGUUCUGCCUUUUUUCUGCAUGUAUCUUGCAAAAUCAAAUCUUCGAACAGCAAGAAGAAUGGUAUAGCACUGGAAAGCUAAAACUUUUUGUCUAUGAUCAAUAG